GCAGUAUUCGUUUUCAUUGAUCGUUUAGUGCCGUUUGAUAUUUUAAAUGGUACUCUGUCCACCCGGCAUUUAUGAGAUGGACUAGUCUGCAGGUCCCGGAAGCACUCAGUGGAUAUUGGUGAGCCUUUACUCGGCGACAUGGCACGACCACGUGUGUUUUGUUUGGUGCUCAUCGCUCUGGCGCUGGGCGCCCAGGGCCUAACCCCGUCCCACCAUUUGUCUGCUGCGGAUGUUGCCAGACUGAAAGACUUUUUGAGCCAGCCAUUCACGGACCUCGAAUCAGCCUUUUACUCCAUCGUUGGCUUGAGCAAGUUGGGUGCCACGGUGUCUGACGAAUACGCAGCAUGCCAGUUUCUGAAGUCCCAGCUAGAUCCCACCAGUAUCGACUCCCUCUUCUUUGCUUCCCAGGCCAGCCAGGCAAUUUCAGAAUGUGAGAUCCCUGUGUCCAAUGAGACCCGAGACAUUCUGCUGGCGGCAGUGAGUGAGGACUCCCUGGUCUCGCAGAUACACCGCUCUGUGAGCACGCUCAGUUCACUUGGCCUUCCUCUGGCCUCACAGGAAGUGGUCAGUGCCCUUGUUGCCCGCAUCGGCAAGGAGGACAAUGUCUUGGCCAUCAUCCUGGCCCUGCAGACUGCCUCCCGCCUCUCCCAGCAGGUGGAGCUGGGGGGAAUCCUGGAGGAAAUCGAGGACUUGGCUGUGCGGCUGGACGAGAUUGGUGGAGUCUACCUGCAGUUCGAGGAGGGGCUGGAGGUCACCGCGCUCUUCGUGUCUGCAGCCUACGCCCUGUCGGACCAUGUGGACGUGAAGCCUCCUCUCAAAGAGGACCAGGUAAUCCAGCUGGUGAACUCCAUCUUCAGCAAGAAGUCGUGGGACUCUCUGUCCGAGGCCUUCAGCGUAGCCAGUGCGGCCUCCGCCCUCUCCAGCAACCGCUUCCACAUCCCCGUCGUCGUCAGCGCUCUGGGCCCAGCCCCGGUGUCCCACAACCAGCCGCUGCUGCAGCUCCAGGUAACGGACGUCCUGUCCCAGCCUCUCAGCUCCGCCAGCGUCCGGGUGAGGAGUGCCGUGUCUACGGCCUCGGAGAGCGUCAUCCUGAGAGAGAAGCCCUUCUCCCUCAGAGAUGGACUUUUUGAGCUCAACUUCAUGGAGAGCCAGCCUGCUAGUGGCUACUAUGAAUUCUCAGUGGUUGUCGACAGUGACAGCCGCUUGGUGGCCAACAAUGUUGAGCUGAAAGUGAAGGUUUCCACUGAGGUUGCGAUUACGAACAUGGAUCUGUCUGUGGUGGACAAAGACCAGAGCAUUGGGACCAAAACAACCAGGGUAGACUAUCCCUCCAAGGCCAAGAGCCCUUUCACUGCCGACAGCCACCAGAACUUUGCCAUGUCCUUCCAGCUGGUGGACGUCAAUUCUGGAGUGGAGCUCAUCCCUCACCAAACCUUUGUGAGGCUGCACAAUCAGAAGACGGGCCAGGAGGUGGUGUUUGUGGCCGAGCCUGACAGCAAGAAGGUUUACAAGUUUGAGCUGGACACGGCGGAGAGGAAGACGGAGUUUGACUCCAUGUCUGGCACCUACACGCUCUACCUGAUCGUAGGGGACGCCACCCUGGAGAACCCCAUCCUCUGGAACGUGGCGGACGUUGUGCUAAAGUUCCUCGAGGAAGAAGCACCUGCCGUGAUCCAGCCCAAAACGCUUUACGUUCCCAAGCCAGAGAUCCAGCACUUGUUCCGGGAGCCUGAGAAGAAGCCUCCCACCGUGGUGUCCAACACCUUCACCGCCCUGGUCCUCUCCCCCCUGCUGCUCCUGCUCAUCCUGUGGAUCAAGCUGGGCGCAAACAUCUCCAAUUUCAGCUUGUCUCCGAGCUCCAUCCUCUUCCACCUCGGCCAUGCAGCCAUGCUGGGCCUGAUGUACGUGUACUGGACUCACCUCAACAUGUUCCAGACCCUCAAGUACCUGGCCAUCCUCGGCAGCCUCACCUUCCUGGCAGGGAACCGCAUGCUGGCCCAGAAAGCAGUAAAGAGGAUUGCUGCAGAGCAGAGUAGUAGGUUGGCAAAGUAUAGGAGUCUGCGGUAGAGGCCUUUUCUAGUAAAGCUCAGAAUUGGAAGUAAAUGAUGACAAAAAACACCUGAAAGAAAAGUCCCCAGGAUCCUGUCGUUGUUGAUUUUCAUCCUUUUUUUUUGAGGGACAUUUGGGAUGGGAGGUUGAUCUCCUGCUGGACAAUGUGGUGGGUUGGGAGCAUGUCAGACUAUUUACAGUGUGACGACAAAAAAUUGAGUUUGUUAUGAUUAUUCUUUUGGCAGAAAAUGAGGAGUGCUAAGAAAUAGUUUGGGAUAUGCUUUCUGUAAUUUCCCCCUUUUAUACUUGUCAGUAAUGCCACUUAAUUAAAGGCUAGAAAUUGGCUUUUUGUUGAUGUGAAUGUUUGAUUUAUAAAUUCUAGCUUGCGCUGUGGUCUUCUGCUUCCUGCAACAUGCACAGUCUAAUGGUUUUGGUUUCAUUUGUACAUUCCCACAUUCCCAUUGUCACUCAUCAAUCUGCAUGCCCUGUGUCUGCAUCAGACUGCCUGUCUGUGGGGUCUCCUGAAGUAAGGUGUAGGUUAGGUGUAUUUUUGUUCUUUUUCUGGCAUAUAUUUGACUGUGGGCUACUGUGUAAGACUGGUGUGUGUGUCAGUCUCCAUGAAUGUGUGGUCCGUACUGGGCCCUCUCAACCCACCCCCCCAACCCCCAAGUUUGUUGAGCAUCCUGUCCCCCUAUCAAGAGCCCAAAAACUCCGGGCCGUCGACAUGAUAUGCUGCAAGUGAGAUUUUUUUAAAAUAAAGAAAUGAGGAGGA